UCGUAUUGUCAAUUGAUUAAUGAAAUCGGUUCAGUUUGUUGUGUUUACAAUUAAAUUUAUAUGCGUGAAAUAAUUUAAUAGUUUUAUUCAGAAUAAAUCCUAAAUUAUUAGUCAGUUUAUAUUAUAAAGUCUAUUUUGGUGUACCAGAUAAUUCUGUGCCGAUAUAAUUAUACUUGAAGUGGUAUAUUCAGUAUCGGGUAGCCUUAACAUAUUCCUCUAAAAACUUUACUAUGCCUCAUGAUUUAAAGAGCCUGGCUGCCAGGAAAGCACUGAUGGCUCCACUCUCCCCAACUCCAUGUGCAGAGAUAAGUGAUGAUGAGCUGGUAUCUAUAUCAGUUCGUGACCUUAAUAGACAGCUUAAGAUGAGAGGGCUGACUCGAGAUCAAAUUGUUAGGAUGAAACAACGACGCCGCACAUUAAAGAAUCGUGGAUAUGCUGCCUCGUGUCGCAUUAAACGAAUAGAGCAGAAAGAUGAAUUGGAAACUGAGAAAAGUCAGGAAUGGCAUGACAUGGAGUCAAUGCAAGAUGAAAAUAACAGGAUUCGUGAGGAAAUAGAAGCAUUGAGGUCCAAAUAUGAUGCCUUGAGACGAUUUGCAUCUAUGAAGAGUAUUCCUUUGCCAAGUGAAUUAGAUAUUAUACCUUAGUAAAAUUAUAUAUUUUUACAAGACAGUGGCUUCUAAUUAUUUUGUGAAUGCUGUGUUAUUUGUAUAUAAGAAAUUAAGUCUUGUAUGAAAUUUCGGUACUUAUUAACGCCACCGUGGCAAAAAAUAAUGGUUAUCGUGAACAACCUAAACCCCGAUUAGGUUUAGGUUGUCCACACAUUUUAUUUAUUUAUAGUCUUUUAUCAGAAUACAAGAUAUAUACAGCUAUUGUUUUUGUUAAUCUACGAUACAUUACAGCGAUUGUUUUUGUUAAUCUACGAUACAUUACAGCUAUUGUUUUUGUUAAUCUACGAUAACUGAUUCUGUGUGCCCAUGGGCAAAGGCCUACCCCAUUUUCCUCCAUUGUCCACACAUACUAACCAUUAAUUUCCGAGGUGGCGUUAAUACUUAAGUACCGAAAUUUCACAUAUAAAGCAGUUAUAGUGAUUUAGAUUAUACAAACAAAUAUAAAAAGAUUAUCCCCUGAUAUACAUAAUUAUUCGUGUUCAGAAAUAUUUUUAAAUGCACAAAAAUUCAUGUUGCUUCAGUCACAUAUUUUGUAUUAAUAUUUGGUACAUAUAUUUAUUUUUAUUUUUUGUGAAUUUUUAUUUAAGGUUAAAUUAGCGUUUAACACCGCCUGUUAUAUAAUAUAAAAGACACGUUUCCAUUUAGAGGCGUAUAAUUAUUAAAAUUUUACUUUGAAUUUAAAAUUAUGAAACCCAAUGUAGUGUAGUGUAUUUAAUUUACUAAUUAGAAUAGUAAUAAGUGGUGGAACAAUAUGGUGAAAUUAACAAAAUGUUUACCUUUGUACAUUUAAUAUAUAUUGGAUAAGUUUCAUGGGUUGGGUCUGUUACCUACUUGUACAAAAUCUGUAAUAUUUAGGAAUAAGAUUAGUUUAGUUAUUUUAUUAAAAUAAUUUAAUUAUU